UGUGAGGUGUGUGCACGAGUUGCCUGUCGAAGAGACACGAACUGGGACAGAAGGGUAGCCCCUGAGAGAGAGAGAGAAUCGCCCACCUGUGUCUUUAGUGACAGAUUCCCUCCUCGGCUCUCUCACAUGGAAUAGAUCACCGGGACAUUUUGUGACAAUAAAAGGACUCGUUGCAUAUACUGGUCGGUUUCCAUAGUAACUGCAUUGAAGGACACGUUGUUUCAUUCACAAUCUUCCCAAAUGCAGGAAAUUAUACAAAUGUGCAGCUUCGAUGGGACCAAGUCCACCAAGGGCGCCUCGAAGAUGAGGCGGGACAUGAUCAACGCAGAGAUUGGGCAGCUGCGGGACCUCCUGCCCCUCCCGCCCUCCACUCGCCAGAGGCUCUCGCAGCUACAGCUGAUGGCCCUCGUCUGCGUCUACGUCAGGAAGAGUAAUUACUUCCACCAAGUUUUCAAACAACAAGACCAAAAUCACAGUCCGACGCCGAACAUCGGUUUCUCCAAGGCAAUGAACGGAUUUAUGAUGAUGCUAACUCAAGGAGGCAAGCUACUCUACAUAUCCGACAACGCUGCCGAGUAUCUUGGACAUUCCAUGGAGGACCUCUUGAUCCACGGGGACAGCGUGUACGACAUCAUCGACAAACAGGACCACUCGGCAGUGCAGGCCGAGCUCAUUCGAGGGUCGCAGGCGGCUGCUGCGGCCGCCACGGCCCCGAUGUCUCACGACGAAGACCGGCUGUUCCUCUGCAGGAUGAAUGUGUCCAGAAACGCCCGGCGGCAGAUGCGCUUCGGAGAUCAGAAGGUUGUUUUGGUCGCCGGCCACUACCUUUCUUACCUUCCUCUGUGUUCGAGGAACGAGCCGGUGUUCUUGGCUCAUUGUACGCCAGUGGCCAUGCCGGAGACGCGCGAGAGCGUCGUUCAGGGAGCCACUAAUGUCUUCACAUCUGUUCACACCUUGGAUAUGAAAUUUAUCAGCCUAGAUCGAAACGGCGAGUUCUAUUUGGGAUACAACCGUUCGUCCCUCGCCGGCGUCUCCUGGUACCACCUCAUUCAUCCCGAAAAUAUGAGGGAGGCGCAGACGAAGCACAGACUCAUAACCGCAAGCGAGCAAGACAGAUCUUGCAUUCUGCUGCUCAGGUUGCAAGCAGCUGGUGGGACGUGGCGUUGGGUUCAUUGCGUCUUGCAAGUGAAGGACGGUGGCGAUUCAAACCAACAGUCACAGCAGAGCAACCAGAGUUCACAGCAGACGAACGGCAGCAGCAGCAGCAGCAGCAGCAGUGGUAGUAAUAGCAGCACCAGCACCAGCAGCACUCAGCAGCCCGUGAUUGUUGCCACCAAUCAGGUGUUGGGCGAUAAAGAGGCUGCCGUUUUAAGAGCCAAUUCGUGGUUGUACCACUACUAUACCAUGCAGUCCAAGCUGCAGUAUGGAUUAGCCUACGAUGCCCAUGCCCAGAGAGUGCAUGCCUACUACCCGCAAGUUAUGAGUUACCAGACAGACCCUGCGAGCUCCUAUGCGCCGACAACCGCCCUGAAUGGCAGCCACAGCCAUUCUCACACACACAGCUCCUCAGCCCACACACCAUAUUCGUUGACAACACCUUCAGCCUAUGCCCAUCUUCAGCAUUAUCACCAUCACUACUCAGUACGUUUGCAACACGGCCUUGACUAUUCCCGCGAUCCAGCCUGGGGUUACUAUGACACAACACAUGCCACUGCAGAGACCCAGCCAGGUCUCCAUGCCCCACAUGCCGCAAGUUACACUCCAGUUCACACACCAAAACUUGCCAAGAAAGGAUCUUCUCCCAGUUCUUCCCCCAGAAGGUCACCUUUGACUCCUGUGUCCUCACACGGUGUAUCUGAAGGCGGUGGCAUCGCAGUGGCUACCCCAGUCGCAGUGCGAGCAGCACCAAUCGGCGUCCACAAAGGCACUUCUUCUCCAGAACUCGAGCACCUCGAUGUCCCCUGGAAGGCAUCGCCGACCCAAGAAGUCCCUGAUUAUCCAGAAUCAACUCCUUACAUCACCCCACCGUAUUCUGGCGCCACGCCCACCAAACACCACGUUUUCACAUUCGAUCCCUCCGACCCUCGUGACAUGAGCAUGGCUCGUGACCAGAGAGUACCAUCCAUCGACUCGACUGACCUCUCUUCAUGGUCAGCUGACUUGACCUCAAAAGGGUCCCCUUGGCUCCCGUCAUUAGACGAUUCUAACGUCUUACCUCUUCGAGCCUUGCACCACGCAGCACUUUGAGAGUCCUGCUCUUCCUGUUGUAGUUUGUAAAUGGGUAACUUAAUGUGUGAUAUGUUCCCUCCGUCAGGGUUUUUUGUGUAUUUUUUUUCGUUAAGCUUCCGUCCUGAGUUGCAACGAAGAACUUGGGAUGUCAAGAUUAACCUGGGUUCCACCUCUGGUGCAGCAUAGCAACAGAGUGCGUCGAAUUGAGUGUUCAUAAAGUACAUUUCAUCGAGCGGUUUCAACAUUGACACUUCUAUCGCGACGUGAUCUGUACAGCCAUUGUCAACCUCGCAUGACUAAACCUCAGAACCUGGUCAGAUUCUGGCACUGUUAUAUGUACUUGCACCAUUCCAUAUUUUAUUUUAGGUAAUGAAAAGAAAUCCUUUUACCCUGUAUCAUCAGCCGACUUUAUCUCUAAAUUUUCAUUGAUUCGUUUUCAAAUAAAUUGCUUAUUCUGAGACUUGAUGAAUUCCGCAUAGAUUCCGAGCUAUGCUACGAAACUCACUGAGGCUCAGAUUGACUGGCUUUUGACUUAAAGGUUGUAUAAUGAUUUGAUCAGAACCAGUCCUAGAAUGCAGAUAGUACCACCAGCUUGGAAUGACCUAGGUCAUGCAAGAGAAAAAGAAAAACAGUUUCCUAAAACGUGCAUCCUGUCCAAAACUGAAUAAAUGGUGUAAAUUAUUGAUUUACACCAGUAUUGUCACCAAAGAUAGAAGCAUUUUCUUGCAGAAAACGAUAUAAUUUUUUUCCUCAGUCUCAAUCAAUUCCUUUUUCCCACGGUGCCACUCAUAAAAACAUAUUCAAUUUCACUCACUUCUGUGCUUCAUCUCCCCUCAUUUCUAUCAGUUACAAAGAUAUCGCUGAUCUGAGCUGAGCUCAAAAUCUUCAGUUUUACUCCGGUGAUGUUUAAAUCGAGGAUGUUGUAGGGACUUGUUUUCCGAAUGUUACCGAUAUCUGUAGAUGAUGUAAGGUGUUCUGUAAGUUUCACUACGUAGGAAAUUAAUGCAGUAUUACUAGAUUUAUAUUUCUUUUGUAAUCCAAUGCCUUUUUGCCAUAGAUUUGCCGCCUUUAUAUUGCGUUUUAUGUUGGCUUGUCAUGUUUUUGUUUAGCAACGCGAUUUUAGAAAGUAACUUUUUUGAGUAUUCUUUUUUUUUAGUAAUUUUACUAUACAUAUCAAAUUCUUUGCAAGUUUUUAUUAGGAAAUUUAGCAAAGAAAGUAUCUGGUAAACAUUGUUGUUGAUGGAAUGUGGUCUACGUCUGCUACGAGAAAAACUCCUUUUUUCAUUUUCCUUCGUUUUCCCACAGCUGUCCUUUUAGUCGCUGGAAAAUUAGACUUUUUUUUCUUCUGUAUCUAGAAACAAGAUUGAAUACUAAACGAAAGUGUUUAUGCGCCAUGUCAUGUUAUAUGUAUAUAAUGAUAAUUAUUAUAUUUUAACUUUCCUUUUCAUGCGAAUGUGCGUCCUGCUUAUUUCUGCUGUGCAUGAAAUGUGUGACUGCCUGAACGUAUGCAUGUGUCUCCUGUACAUAUACCAAUAUGCGUCUAGUACGAAUUACUUUGUUCCAGUCCCUGCCAUGUCUUUACCGUGUAAUAUAUUUCAUCUAUGUCUUCUUUCAUUAAAAAUUUUAUUGUCCUUUUUCUAGAUUUUCUUACUGACUCAUUGUUCUAUUUUCUGGAACAAAAAAGAUGUUAUUAAACUGACACCAAUUUCGCUAUGUACCUUUAAAGAUAAAAUCUUUGUAUAUAUUGUAGUUACAGUGUUUCGUUUAAGAGAAUUAAGAGAGAGAUGUUAUAGAAAGUUUAUAGAUAAUCCUGGGCACUUAGUGCUAUAUGUGCAAUCUAGUGUUAGU